AUGCCCCGCCGCCGGCGGCCAAGGGACACGGCUCGCCCGCAGGCGGCUCGGAGGAGGCGGCCCGCCACCGGCGCUGCUCCCGUCGGGCCGGCGCGGCCUGCGCUUGCUGCUCCGCGCUUGCUCCUCCCGCGGCCGCCGCGCCUCUGGAGCCGGCUCUGCCCCGCUGCGCCCCGCGCGUCACGGGCGCCUUGUGUGAGCAUGCGCGCGCCGCAGCCCCCGCCCCGGCCCCGCGCGCGCACAGCGACUCCCCAGCGCGCGCCGCGCCCUGUUGCUUCCGCCUCCCUGCCGGGCGGGAGGGCGCUGUCACCGCCCCCGGGUGGCUCGUCGGGUGCCGGUUUCCCACCUCCCUUGCUCACUCCAGUUCUAGAAAUGACGCCUGGCUGUGAGCCGAAGGCCGAUGGCGGAUAACCGUAGAACCCGAUGGGGACUGAGACUCUUCCUUGGCCAAUCAGGAGCACCAAAACUGGAGAUUAGAAACGCGCGAACAAUGAGGACUGCUGAGAAGUCAAGAACAAUGGCACUGGGUUUUGAUCCUACUGCAUGUACUAGCUGUGUGGGAGCCUAGGCUGUUUGGAUGUUCACCUUACUAGACCUGGAAGAAGGUGGGAGGUCCUUGGACUCCCCACAGGGCAGGGAACCCUGACUGCUUCUUUGGGCUG